AUGAUCAGGUCAACAUAUCUCUCGGAAACACACAUGUGUACUGUACUUUCCUGAAAACAGUGCGAGCGAGUGAGCGAGCGAGGGACAGGAUAGAACUCUCGGAUUUUAACUUUCUUCCAAAUAAAAAACAAUGCUGAGGCGGCAGGCAAGGUUGAGGAGGGAGUACUUGUAUUGUAAAUCCCAGGAAGAACAGAGCCGAGUAAUCAUUGAAAGAAAACGAAAGAUCAAAGAAGCCCUUGAUGAAAACAAGCAGAUUCCAACUGAAUUACAGAAAGAUGCUCUUAGUUUGAAGAAAGCUCUUGAAUUUGAUGAUGAGGGAGCAUCAGAACUCAGUCAUAUAGAUGAUGAAUAUCGAUGGGCUGGUGUUGAAGACCCGAAAAUAAUGUUGACUACUUCUAGAGAUCCUAGCUCCAGGCUUAAACAAUUUGUGAAGGAGUUGAAGUUGUUAUUCCCAAACUCUCAGAGGUUAAAUCGAGGAAAUUAUGAAAUUAAUCAGCUGGUAAAUGCAUGCAGGGCAAAUGAGGUCACUGACCUUUUGAUUGUGCAUGAGCACAGAGGUGUACCAGAUGGUCUUCAGGUUUGUCACUUGCCGUAUGGCCCAACAGCGUUUUUUAACUUGUCCAACGUUGUGAUGCGCCAUGACAUACCAAACGUAGGGACCAUGUCUGAAGCUUAUCCUCAUUUGAUAUUUAACAAUUUCAAGUCAAAGCUUGGUGAAAGGGUCCAGAGCAUUCUGAAAUAUUUAUUUCCUGUGCCUAAAGAGGAUAGUAAACGAGUGAUGACUUUCUCUAAUGAUUCUGACUACAUAUCAUACAGACACCAUGUGUAUAAGAAAACAGACCACAAAAAUAUUGAAUUACAUGAAGUUGGACCAAGAUUUGAAAUGAAAUUGUACGAGAUUCGUUCAGGCACACUAGAGCAAGGAAAGGCUGCUGAAAUCGAAUGGGUUGCUAGGCCUCACAUGAACACUGCUAAGAAACGCAAGCAUCUGAGCGAAGGAUGAAAGGACCAGGAGCAGGUUAAGCAUAACUACAGGGAGUGAUCUAAAUGUUGGCGAAACAUCAGAAAUGAAGCUGACAGCAAAUGUUGUUGCAAAGUGUCAUGCUUUUCAAGGAACAGCCAUGUGCAUGUAUCAACAUAUACUGCAAUGCAUUAUGGUUCACAUGACGACUUGUAAAAAUGUUGUAUUGUCACAUACAAAACAAUACCAACUAUGCACUGCUACACAACUGUGACAAUCAUGUGACCUGCAUAAAAGUUACUUGAAUUAAUUGAUGAAUUGAACAUAUUUGAGAGGUGGGCAUUGUUCCAUUGCCUGGAUUGAACUUAAUAAAUGGGGGGAAGGGAAAGUACAUUAUCUUGCAAAUGAAAAAUGCAGGUAUCUCAUAAGCUGAAACAUUGGCAUAUUUAGUGCCUUGUAGUUUAAAUUCAUCUUCAUCAUGGCCAUAUAACAUCUGGUAAAAAUAUACUUAGCAUAAAUAUUUUAAGUGAAAAAUUAUCAUAGAGAGUAUAUUUUAUCAAAAAUAAAUCCAGUUUAAAGCUCUGAUAUAUUUAGACAAAUUUGCAUCAGUAUAGUUUUUCUAUGGGGCUAAAAAUAUCAUUCUAAGGCAAGAGAUUACAUGUCAGUUAAUUUUGAAUUAAGUUUGAAUCAAGGUCACAAUUUGAUCCUGGAUAUAUAAAUUUAUAUUUUAAUGAUGUGAAUUGAGCUGUAGUCUGGUUGUUGAGCUGUUCAUCUUAAAAAUAAUAAUAUGUCGGUCUUACAUAGCGUUUCAUGCCUAAAGCCUCUAAGCGCUUCACAUUACUACCCCGGCCAUUGGAUCAAACACGUAUGGAACACAUACUCAGCUCCCUGGGGAGAAUUACAUAAUAUUGCAGCUAGUAAUCAAUGCAGUCGUGUUCGAAACUACCAGGUACCUACUUGUACCUCUGGGUUGAGAGAGGUAAACAUAGGUAAAGUAUCUUGCCUAAGGACAUGAUGCAAUUCCAUAGAGACUGCAACGUUACAAGCACAUGUUUUAGCUGAUACUUUUUAAUGAUGAUCCACUCAGGGCUGCCACCGAGAAUCAGUAAAGGGCGUUGAGUGGAGAUGGAAUCAUUGGGCAACAGUCAUAGUGUGUGCCCAGCUUUAGGACCGUGGAUUCAGAUCCUGACAUUGGCAUUGGCGUAACGCCUGUGGGCUCAUUUGGGGGAACAAAGCCCCAAUGCCCUCAGUCCAAAGGGGCCCCGGAGUGUAUGAAAAUAAAUGUUGAUUCUAUUGUUUAUAGCCAGACAAUAUAAUUUUAUUUUAUAACGAUACUGUCAAUGCCUUUAAUUCAUUUUUUUACCCUUAAUAUUCAUAAUGUUCUUAGGUUAGUGAAUACUAACUGAAAUUCAAGGCCUCAACAUGUUUUCUGGCCCUGUGACUCGUCUUUAUGCCACUGGACAUGGGCAAAGUACUGAAAUGAGUAAGAAUUAAAGGAUAUUACUGUGUAUCAGAAAUUGUUUGCAAGUUCAGAUUUAUGUUGAGGGAUGUGGCAGGGCAGUGUAGAGUUGGGCUUUUCAAUUGAACAACCUUAGGGUCUGGUCACACUCCAGGGCGCCCUCCAAUUAAAGAUCACUUUUCCUGGUCUUUAAAAGUUUGUCUUUAUUAGAAAAUAAAAAUAUUACUAUAGAGUCAGUUGGGACUGUAGAAAGGUGGUCUUUAAUUGGAUGGGUUUUUAAUUAGAGGGAGACCUGUAUUAAGUUUUAGGUGACAUAUCUCUGGUUUGCCCAUAUAUGGGUAUGAUAUAACAACAUUAUGCCCAUAUAUAGACAAAUUAAUAUUUUUUCACAGAAGUGUUGAUACUUUAUCAGCCCAGUCAUUUAUUUUCUUUAUUCACUUGUUCACUCCGUCUUUUAUUUGUUUAUUUUAUUUAUUACAUUUAUUUAUCCAUGCCUUCAACAUUUAAAAAUAAUUUCCACUUGGCCUCUGCAUAUUACAUGAAGUUGAGAAUAAAACUAUAUACAGUCAAGCAAUUUAAUGCCCAUAUAUGGACAAAUUAAUAUUUUUCAGAGAAAUGUUGAUACUGUAUCAGCCCAGUCAUUUAUUUUAUUUAUUAACUAACUUUUUGCCCCUUUAGUUGGUCUUUUGUGUAUCCGAAUAAAUAUUUAGUAUUAUUGUGUUUAAGUUAAAUUCCACUUCACGGACAAUGUAUCCGAAAUCAUGAAGAAACACACAGUACUGUAAAAAAAAAUUCACAGUAAGUAACAUGGUAACAUUAUAAUUAAUUGUAAAAAUUAUCACACAUUGUUUGUAUUUUUUAAGUUAUGUUGAUGCCUUAAAAAACAAGUCCCAUUACCUUAUACUGUAUUAGCAAUGUUGAUUCUGAUAAUAUUGGUCGUCAUCAUCAUCAUUAUCGUCACCAUUGGUAUUAUUUAAUUAUUGUCAUUGUCAUGAUAAUUAUUAGAUCUAUAUUACUGUGCUUAUUUAUACUGUACUUUACUGCAUAUACCUCAACUAGGCCUAAAUACAUUUCGUAGGCCUACAACUUAUAAGUAUUUAUAUUUUGGUAUGCGUGACUGAGAUACAUUCCUAAAAAAUACGGCCUAGACCUAACUGUAUACAGUAUUGUUUUGUAAUUAUAGCCUAAUUGUUAUUCAAUUAUUAUUCAUUUCAAAAAUAGGCCUAUGUAUUUGAGAAUUAUAAUAAAAGGAGAGCUAAGUC